AUGCUCAGCAGCUCGUUCCACUCGGACUCGGGCUCGGACAACGCGGCGUCGCACUCGGACGACUCGGCCUCGACCCUCGCCCGCUCGAGCCCGUUCGACCCGCUUCGCCGCCCGGCGCCGCGCUCGUCUGCGGCACUCACCUACCUGUCGCCAGGGCGCAAGCGCCUGCAGCGCAAGCAGUACCUGCCGCCGAGCACGCCCAAGCCGCAGGAGUCGUACUCGCACACGCCGUGGGCGCCCGAGCGUCCUGUCGCCGGCGAGCCAGUCGACAACACGGGUGCCGUGUACCACGCGCCGACCUACUCGAACCAGCACCACGGCGACCUGGACCCGUUCAGCAGAAGCGGUAUCCUCGUGCACCCGUCCAAGGUCCUGCACCGCCCCCUCAACGACCAGUGGGCCAUCGUCGCCAAGACGACGCCGGCGGUCAACAAGGCGGCCGAGCGCGAGGCGAUUCACCUCCGCGGCCUCGAGGUCGUCGAUUGGGCCGAGCUUCGGUCGCACGACAACCCGCUCGAGUUCCUCAAGCUCUUGUUCAAGAAGGACGGCCGCGGCGACAACUUUGCUCACACGCCGCGCAAAAAGGCCGGCGGGAGCUCGGCGUCCGAGCGGUUCAACCAGGCGCACGAGCACCUCAAGAAGGACAACGCCGUCACGCGGCGUGCGCAGGAGCGCGUCGCCCAGAACGCCAGCGAGCUCACGCUCGAGAAGCUGUCGCUCUCGGACCGCGACCUGCGCCCGAUCGACUACUUUCCGCAGAUCGAGCGCUUCCUCACGAACGAGGCGAACGCCAGCGAGGCCUUCAUCUCGAACGCGCUCAACGGCGUCGUCGCCGUCGCCGAGCAGUUCCUCCCGAGCGACUACCUCUCGACGCACGUGCACGAGGACGCUCCUGUCGGCCCGGGCCUCAAGAUCAUCUGCAGCGGCCAGCACGCUCUCGAGAAGCACGCCGACGACUCGGGUAACGCGAGCGCACUCGACCUCACCUUUGCCUUGGUGAGCUGGCCGCCUACCCAGAAGCCCAAGUUUCGCUUCGACUUGGUCAUUGUCGAGAUGAAGCGUCCCGGCUACGUCGUCCACGAGCACUGGACCGGCGUCAACUUCCGCCACGUCCACGACGAGCGCGAGGGCGACAAGGUCCACCUGUUCCCGAAGAUGCUCCUGCCGCAGGUCAUGCUCUACAAUCGCCGCUCGGGCUGCGAGCGGUUCGUCUUCAGCGACUACCUCGCGAGCGUCGCCGUCCACGUCGACCACGAGUCGAUGGUCGACCCGGCCAAGGCCAAGGUCCUCGUCGGCGCUCAGCCCAUCACCUUCGAGCGCGGCUCUCCCGUGUCGCCGUACAAGGGCAGUGUCGGCACGGCCAUCGCGUUCGAGGUCGCGCAGGCGCUCAAGGCGCUCGGCUGCGCGAACCCGGAUCUCUUCCGCAGCGUCUACAGCGACAAGGACGGCCAGGAGCACGAGAUCCCGCUGCAUGAAAGCAUCGAGACGUUCCUUCGCACUCACGGCAAGGUCUAGUCGAGGCGUGCGGGACAGUGGUGGCUGGCGAGGGGGCAGGAAGGAGCCGAGCGCGGGCGGAAGGAGGAAGAGGGGAGGAAGUUGUAUCGGCGGUUCGCGGUGCAGCGCAGGAUUUCAGUGCC